AAAAAAGCCUUUCUUGUGUACCCAACAACAGGUGGUGUUGAGUAUUCAACACGUCAUCAGAUUCAUUGGAUUUGACAUGUCUAUCAUGCAGACUUAUUGAUUUAGAGAGAGAGAGAGAGAGAGAAAGACGAUCUCACCAUGACAUCAAUCCAAUGUCAUUAUUGAGUAAAAAGAAGAAGAAAAGGAUGUAUUGUCUAUUUAUGUGAUAAGAACCAUGACUGAUUUACUUUCUGCUAGCAAAUCAAACAAGGAUUCGACAGCUUUGGAUCCUCCUGCUACUAUAAAAGAAGAACAAGCAUCCACUUCUAUUGUUGCAGAAGCCUCUUCUGAUACAAAAGAAGCUAAAGAACCUACUUUUCAAAUUACUUUUAGCCCUCAAGAAGACACUAAAGAAGAUGAAGAAUUCUCUGAGCAACAUCCUCUUGUCACAGACUUGAUUAUCAUUGACCAUCAUGAAGCCAGAUCUUUAUAUGAAGACUAUAAAGCAUGUUAUAAUAAAGAAGAAAAACAAAAGCUUCGCAACCGUAUUGUCAGAGUCUUAGUCAUACAUGAUGAAUGCGAACAAAUGGUAGUCUAUCUAUCAUUAAAGGACCGUAUCCCUGGUGAUGUAGGCAAACAAACAUACGAAAGAAGUCUAUCUGAGCAUCAGUAUUUGCGUGAUUUAUUGUAGGGACUUUGUUAUGUCAAUAUGAAAGAAGACUUUGUUUUUGAUACCAAGUUCGAAACUGCUAUGGAAGCUGCAUUCCGUCAUAUUGAAACAGAGGAACAAAAGAUAUUGCCUAUGUUAAAGGAAUAUGUUGAAGACAAGGAACUCAGAGAAAUAGGCGAUGCUUUUAAGAAGCAAAAGAACAUGGCUCCUCAAGAAAGUAUGUCUGCCAAAACUGCUAAUGUCAUGAUGAGUCUAUUUGAUAAACUC